GGGAGGCGAGCGUGACGUAGUAACUGUGCGACGCACGUGUGCGUGCCGUGGUACUGCUGCAAUGGCGACUGAGAGGCUUCAAUUCCACCAAAUGGGACUUGACGACCGUCUUUUGAAGGCGCUGGCCGAUUUGGGUUGGUCCCAGCCCACCUUGAUCCAGGAAAAGGCCAUCCCUCUGGCUCUGGAGGGAAAAGACCUCCUGGCUCGGGCCCGGACCGGCUCUGGGAAAACCGCCGCUUACGCCGUGCCCAUCAUCCAGCGCAUCCUGGCCUCCAAGCAGAGUGUUCGCGAGCAGGACGUGAGGGCCCUUAUCCUGGUGCCAACCAAGGAACUGGGCCAGCAGGUCCAGACGAUGAUGAGGCAGCUGACCGCGUACUGCUCCAGGGACGUCCGCGUGGCCGACAUAUCCGGGAAAGCCGACGUGUCUGCUCAAAGGCCCGUCCUGAUGGAGAAGCCCGACGUGGUGGUGGGCACGCCGUCCCGCGUUCUGGCCCACCUCAACGCGCGCAAUCUCACCCUGCGAGCCUCGCUGGAGACGCUGGUGGCGGAUGAGGCCGACCUGCUCUUCUCUUUCGGCUUCGAGGACGACCUGAAGAGUCUGCUGUGCCACCUGCCAAAGAUCUACCAGUCCGUCCUCAUGUCCGCCACCCUCAGUGAUGACGUUCAGGCCUUGAAGGAGCUUCUGCUGCACAAUCCCGUGACCCUGAAGCUGCAAGGCUCCCAGCUGCCAGACUGCAGCCAGCUGCAGCAGUUCAGCAUCCGCUGCGAGGAGGAGGACAAGUUCCUGCUCAUCUACACGCUGCUCAAGCUGCGGCUGGUGCGGGGCAAGACGCUGGUCUUUGUGGGAGCCGUGGAGCGAUGCUACCGCCUCAAGCUCUUCCUGGAGCAGUUCAGCAUUCCCGCCUGCGUGCUCAAUUCGGAGCUGCCCGUCCGGUCCAGGUCUCACAUCAUCACACAGUUCAAUCAAGGGUUCUACGACUACAUCAUCGCCACGGACGAACGCGGUCUGGCCGACCCUGGCGCCGCUCCAAAUCCUGCCGGAAGAGGCAAGAAGAAGAGCAAGAAGGCGGGGCAGGCUAAAGCGAAGGAAUACAGCGUCUCCAGGGGUGUGGAUUUCCAAAACGUGGCCAACGUCAUCAACUUUGAUUUCCCCGCCACCGUGGAGUCGUAUAUCCAUCGAGUGGGAAGGACGGCGAGAGCCGACAACCCGGGCACGGCCUUGUCCUUCGUCGCUCACACGGAAACGGCUUUGCUCUCCGAGGUGGAGGAGACGCUGACAGGAGACAACGCAGAAUCGGCCCUGAAACCGUACCAGUUCAAGAUGGAGACCAUUGAAGGUUUGAGGUACAGGUGCAGGGACGCCAUGCGAUCGGUCACCAAGCAGGCGGUGAGAGAAGCUCGGCUGAAAGAGAUCAAGCAUGAACUGCUCAACUCGGAGAAGCUGAAGACGUACUUUGAGGACAAUCCCAGAGACCUGCAGCUGCUCCGACACGACCGAGACCUUCACCCCGCCGUCAUCAAGCCUCACCUGAAGAACAUCCCGGAAUACCUUAUCCCCGAAGCUCUGAGGGAUGUGGUGGACCCCCUGUCCAACAAGAGGAGGCGAAGAGGGCCAAACCAAAAGCCCAAACCGCACGGAGUGGCCAAAAGCAGCUUGAAGGGCAAGAAUCCGCUGAGGAGUUUCCGCUACACGAAAAGGGAGCGCAAUAAAAAGCCCAGCCAUUCGCUGUAAUGAUCUGCAUUCCUCCUCACAAAAACAUUGGCCAAUUUUCAGAUGGAACACAAUGUCUGGCUUUGCUGUGGCGACGGUCCGAGAACAUCUGCCUGCCUGGGCCCGUGUGUUUGUGUUUGUGUGUGUGUGUGUGUGUGUGUGUGUGUGUGCGCGCGCGCUCGCGCUGCAGCACAUUUGAUUGCGUUUUCCAGAUGGAACCAAAUAAAAUCAUUUCAGUCCUGA